CAGCGGAGAGCGACGCUCCUCCUUGAGGAAGUGACGCGUUCGGAACCCAGUGGGGCCGGUGGGAGCGAUGCGGACGCGGAGAGGCUGGUAGGGGUGCUGUGAAGAUGGAGUUUCCCGGAGGAAAUGACAAUUACCUGACGAUCACUGGGCCCUCGCAUCCCUUCCUGUCGGGGGCCGAGACAUUCCAUACACCAAGCUUGGGUGAUGAGGAAUUUGAAAUCCCACCUAUCUCCUUGGAUUCCGAUCCCUCCUUGGCUGUCUCAGAUGUGGUCGGCCACUUUGAUGACCUGGCAGACCCCUCUUCUUCACAGGAUGGCAGCUUUGCAGCUCAGUAUGGAGUUCAGACAUUGGACAUGCCUGUGGGCAUGACCCAUGGCUUGAUGGAGCAGGGCGGGGGGCUCCUGAGUGGGGGCUUGACUAUGGACCUGGACCAUUCUAUAGGAACUCAGUAUAGUGCCAAUCCACCUGUUACAAUUGAUGUACCAAUGACAGACAUGACAUCUGGCUUAAUGGGACAUAGCCAGUUGACCACUAUUGAUCAGUCAGAACUGAGUUCUCAACUUGGUUUGAGCUUAGGAGGUAGCACCAUCUUGCCACCUGCCCAGUCACCUGAGGAUCGUCUUUCAACUACUCCUUCACCUACCAAUUCACUUCAUGAGGAUGGUGUUGAUGAUUUCCGGAGGCAACUUCCCAGCCAGAAGACAGUGGUGGUAGAAACAGGGAAAAAGCAAAAGGCUCCCAAGAAGAGAAAAAAGAAAGACCCUAAUGAACCUCAGAAGCCAGUCUCUGCAUAUGCAUUAUUCUUUCGUGAUACUCAGGCUGCCAUCAAGGGACAGAACCCCAAUGCUACCUUUGGUGAGGUUUCGAAGAUAGUGGCUUCCAUGUGGGACAGUCUUGGAGAAGAGCAAAAACAGGUGUAUAAGCGGAAAACUGAAGCUGCUAAGAAAGAGUAUCUCAAGGCGCUAGCUGCUUAUAAAGACAACCAGGAGUGUCAGGCUACUGUGGAAACAGUGGAAUUAGAUCCUGUCCCACAGUCGCAGACUCCUUCACCACCUCCUGUGACUACUGCUGACCCUGCAUCUCCAGCACCAGCCUCAACGGAGUCGCCUGCUUUGUCCCCUUGCAUUGUAGUUAAUUCCACGCUCUCAUCUUAUGUGACAAACCAGGCAGCCUCAGGGGCUGGAGGUCAGCCCAAUAUUACCAAGUUGAUUAUUACCAAACAGAUGUUGCCCUCUUCUAUUACCAUGUCUCAAGGAGGAAUGGUUACUGUUAUCCCAGCCACAGUGGUUACCUCCCGUGGGCUCCAAUUAGGCCAAACAAGUACAGCUACUAUUCAGCCCAGCCAGCAGGCCCAGAUUGUCACUCGGUCAGUGUUGCAGGCAGCAGCAGCAGCUGCUGCUUCUAUGCAACUGCCUCCACCCCGACUACAGCCUCCUCCAUUGCAACAGAUGCCUCAGCCCCCAACUCAACAGCAAGUCACCAUUCUGCAGCAGCCUCCUCCUCUUCAGGCCAUGCAACAGCCUCCACCUCAGAAAGUCAGAAUCAAUUUACAACAGCAGCCACCACCGCUGCAGAGCAAGGUUGUGCCUCCACCCACUCUGAAAAUGCAGACUGCCCUGAUCCCUCCAGCUGUAGAAAGCAGCCCUGAGCAGCCUCUGAACUGCAGCCCUGAGGCCCACCCAGCAGAGGCAACCUCUCCUGAGACAAUCUGUGAAAUGAUCACGGAUGUAGUUCCUGAGGUGGAGUCUCCUUCUCAGAUGGAUGUUGAAUUGGUGAGCGGAUCUCCUGUAACACUGUCACCUCAGCCUCGAUGUGUGAGGUCUGGUUGUGAGAACCCUCCUGUUAUCAGUAAGGACUGGGACAACGAGUACUGCAGCAGUGAGUGUGUGGUGAAGCACUGCAGGGAUGUAUUCUUGGCCUGGGUAGCCUCUAGAAAUCCAAAUUCUGUGGUGUUUGUGAAGUAGCCUUUCUUCUUCAAGCCUUGAAGAUUUAUCUGCCGGACACAAGUCCAGGAGACAAAACACAAGCCUGUUUUUGAAAGACAAGCUGGGCUUCUUCUGGUAGUGCCUGACCUUUACACCCAGCCCUUCAUACCCCCACCUUUUCUUUCUUUAGCAGGCCAGUGAAUUUACUGUCGUUUGGAAUUGCUUUUCACUCUAACUACAAGCAAAAUUACCAGGUUAAUAGCACAGGGAAGGGUGAAGGGAAUAUGGAAACAAAUCAUAGGGGGUUAUUUGAAGAAAUGUGUCAAAAAUUGUCAGAGGCCUUGCCUAAAAUGUUAUUGGGAAAGUGCUUAGCUCUGCUCCUAGGAGGAAACAGCACUGAGAUAGGAGGCUUGGGGUUACAGCUCAGUGGUAAAGUGAAAACACCCUUUAAAAAGGGAACUACUAUUAAUCUACACAGUGCUUUAAGAACGAAGGUUUGUGUGGCUAGGGUUAUGGCCUAGCACUAACAAAGCUCUGAGUUCAGUACCCAGGCAGAAAGGUCAGGAGUUCAAGGUCAUAACUGGCCACCAGUGAGUUUGAGGCCAAGCUAGGCUACAUGAGGCAAAGGUAGAACAAAGGUUUUGCAGAGCAUGGUGGCCCAUGACUUUAAUCCCAGUAUUUUGGAGGUGGACAGAGGAGAGUUUUCUACGAGUUAAAAGCCAAUCUGAACCUACAUAGACCUUGUUCAAAAAACAAAGGCUGGGUAUGGUGGCACUCUCCUUUAAUCCUAGCUCUUGGGAGGUAGGGGCAGGUUGGAUCUCUGAGUUUGAAGCUAGCUAGGGUUACAUAGUGAGAUCCUGUCUUAAGGUCCCCUCCCCAUUCCUGACACACACACCUCUCUCUCAGCACAUUGGGCUGGAGGGGAAAUGACAUCAUUCAGGACUAUCAUUUUUUCCCUACAAGUAUUUCUGCAGUCAAAACUUUCUUUACCUAACUUGAUUACCAGUUUUGCAUGUAAGAGGCAGAACUCUAUACCCUUAAUGAGAGGUUUUACAAAGUAAAGAAGUUGUGUUUGAUGAAA